UACUCCAGCGUAGUAUCGCGGUCAGCAGCAGACGAGUCUCCAACUCAAGUCUGCCGCACCUCAGUAUCCUCUGGUUCAUGGAGUGUACACUUUCCAUCCAAGUGCAACAACUGCUGGGGGUCUUCCCGACGCACUACUACGAGGGCUACAGCGUGGAGUUACAGAUGAAGUCUACAGAGGUGGACCAAGGGCUAUUCACAGACAGCUACUGCAAAGUGUGCAGCGCUCAGCUCAUCUCCGAGUCCCAGAGGGUGGCCCAUUAUGAGAGUCGGAAACACGCCAACAAAGUGCGGCUGUAUUACAUGCUACAUCCUGUGGAUGGAGGCUGCCCGGCCAAGAAGCUCAGAACAGACAACGGCAGCGAUGAGAGCGACGUGGACAAGAACAAGUGCUGCACGUUGUGCAACAUGUCCUUCACCUCAGCAGUGGUGGCACAGUCUCACUACCAGGGUAAAAUCCACGCUAAGAGGCUCAAACUGCUGCUGGGAGAACAGCCUGCCAUCACCACCAAAGAGGCAUCCCACAGUCCUGUAAAGAACUCCCCAGAAACGUCUCCCAUGAUGUCACCGCGACAGCGCCGCGACUCAGACCGAUACUGCCAGCUAUGCAACGCCUGGUUCAACAACCCCGGCAUGGCUCAGCAGCAUUACGAUGGGAAGAAGCACAAGAAGAACGCCACUAGAGCCGAUCUGCUGGAGCAGCUGGGCCAGACCCUGGACAUGGGGGAAAUGAAAGGCCUGAAGCGGAGCUACACCUGCGAAGUGUGCGGCGUCACGCUCAACUCGGUGGCGCAGUACCACUCGCACCUGCAGGGCUCCAAGCACCAAAACAAUCUGAAGAAUCAGAUAUGUGUCCAGUGAGCGUGGGAUGCUGAUGAAAACACCAACUCCUGGAUUGAUGUCAGACAAGCUGUGGUCAGCUUGCCCUGCUUUCUCUGCCUCUGUCCUGCUCAUUCAGCCGCCUUAUCAUCAUUUCAGGGGGUUUUUUUUAUUUUACUUUUCUCUCUCUUUCUUCUCGCUCUGAGUAUUUCGGCUGCCCAGACCAAGAGGAGUUAUAAAGGAGUGGUUUUUUUUUUUAUUAUUAUUAUUAUUAUUAUUAUUAUUAUUAUUAUUAUUAUUAUUAUUUGGAGCAACUUUCGCAUGACCAUUUCCACUAUCAAAACAAAAGGAAGAGCUUCGGCUUCUGUCCGCAUCACCAGGCUGCUCCGACGCUCCGUUGGAAACUCUGUUCGUUUGUUUACUUUUCCGUCUUUCAGUCUGAAAGAAAGCAUCCGGGAGGAUCUUUUGUUCAACAGCUUUUCUAAAAAUGCAUGGACAAAGCUCUACUUUUUUUCAGUAGAAUAUCAAAUACUUUAUGCUGAGCUUUGAAACUGAGAAAAUGAGGGUUUGUUUGCUUCUACGAGAAAGAAAUGGAACAUUUUUAAUUAUACAUUCAAUAUUAAAUAUGGCUUCACCACUGACUUUUUUUUUUUCUCUACACACAGAACAACUUUUACUGGAUACAGUGCUUUCUUGUCGUAGCCCUAAACCCUUUUGCAGCUUGAGAUAGGUUGAUAGCAAUAAUAACACUGCUCGAACUCUUACUAUUUUGUAAAGUGUAUCUGUCUGUUUACUAUGCUAAGCGAAAAUAGCUUUUUUUUUGCAAGACGAUUAGUAUGAUUAUAAAUCUCAGCAUCUGUUCUUUUGUUUUGCUGCUUUUGUUUGUUGGAGGAUCAAUCUGCUAAACRAAGGAUCCACAAAUGUUGGAGUUUUGAGGGAAAAUUCUAGAUUUACAACCACUUUCACAUAAAGGUGAACAAAGUCAGAAUAUUAACCACUCGAUCAGAAUCCUAACACCAGGAAAGAGAAACAAAAAGCAUCUCCAUUUUGUUGGUUGCAAGGAGAGCUUUGAAAUGCAAAAAGGAGAAAAAUGAUUAAUAGACCAAAACAAAUGGAGUAAGAAAUGGAUUGAAAUCUUAAUUUAAAUGUGGAGGAUUAUGAAAUAUUGACUUUUUUGAGCUUUAUAUCAUGUUUUAAUGWCAUUCUCUCAUCAAAAACAUACAUGAGGUGUUGCUUUGACUGGUUUGAGAAAUCUUCGAGUCUCCCGUGGCAACCAUUUGGGGACACUGUAACGCCUCAUUUGAUGCACUCAAUAUUUACCUCUGCCCAAAUCCUACCCUACACCCCUUGGAAGCUUGGAGGAGGAGCUUCAUCUCAAUGGCGGAGCUUCGUCCACCCAGGUGUCUUGCACAGCUUAAUGGUUGCCAYGGGAGAUUCAAUGAUUUCUCAAACAUGCAUGAAAGAAUAAAAGCAACACUCCAGGUAUGUUUUUGCAAGAAAAUAACAAUUACAUGAUGUAAAGCUCACGUAAGCUGCUAUUACAUGACACUGCGCCUUUAAAGCCUCUGUUGACACUAAGAUUUUUGUUAAAGAGAGUAAAGACACAACAAUCUGAUAUUUGACACCCUGCAUUAAAUCUGUCUGAGAAAUACAGGAAGWGCCUCAAUUGAGCAUUUCCUAUAUUAUCUUGUUAUAUAGACUUAAAACCACAGAACAGUUAUCUGUCAGAUGAAAUUUUAUGUUAUGAGAAUCUGGUGUUUUGGAGCCUUGGUGGCAGUAACGGACUCUGCUUUUAAUUUKUYGGUUUAAUUUUCCAUUYGGCUCACACCCACAGCCUGGUAAUGAUUAAUAUCAGAUUGGUGUAUCGAAACCAAGAUAAAUGAUGAACUUGGUCGCUUUAAGUCCUUUUAAUUCUUGCAAAAAUAUUUCAUAUGAUGUCUACCACGUGUUCUGCWCUGGGGGGAUUUGUUUUGCUCUUUAAAACAAAGUAAAUAAUGCUGGUGAAACGCUGUCAGUGCUGCAGCUUUGGGAAAGUCCCAUUUGGACAUCUGAAUAGUGUUCGUCUCAGGGAGGAGCACCCAUUUGCUUUAGGCUCACAAACGCUGCUGAGAGAGAGAAACGAAAAAAAGUCAUUUGUACUGAAACCUCUCCCCCUUUAAAGCUUUUCAGAAUGUGUAUAUGGCAAAGACUCAACCAUAACUGUCAUGGUUUUGUAAAAUAAUAUUGUUGUGGAUUCCUGUAUUGAAAAUUUUGUCAUAAAACAUGCACACAAAUAUAUAUAUAUAAAAUCCUAAGCUUAUGUAGCACUUUUCUUUCUCAGAUGUCAUGUUAAUAGACAUAUUAAAGCUAGUAUUCGAAUAAUGAGGGUUUUAAGAGAAUUAUAAAUGAUAAAAACACUGAUGUUGUGGGUCAGUUUAGGAUAUUAUUGCUAUCUGUUUACAGUAGAAGUCAUUUUAUUCACUGUCAGUUUCAGUGCUGAUCAAAAUGUAGCUUUGACUGUUGUCAUACAAAGUGCUUUUUCUGAACAGACCUCUUUGAGUUUUGACGUCUGGAAUCACUUGAACACAGAGCUGGAUUGUUUUGUGGAGCGGGACUCGGGAGCGAACAGCUGAGGAACUGCUGGCUGAUGUCACAGCUGCUGCAAGAGAUCUCAACAGCGACGACUUUAGGACUGAUUUUAAUAUGACCAUUAAGAUUUGCACAUGUGAUUUGUUCUCGCAAGGUGGGGGAGGAGGGAAGGACUUGAACGAUCUGCUUCGCUCAUCUAGCAUUGAUAACUCUGUUGAUCAGCCAUGUUGUGUUCUUCACAGGUCGCCCAGGAAUCAUAAGCCCCGCCUCCCUUUGUGCGCCGAGUUUGUGUUUUGUUUUUGUCUGAGAAAAGAAUAAAAAACACCUGCAACAACAUUCA